AUGCAGACAUCAAUUGAUAUUCUGGAGCUCAACCGCUUGAGGCGUGGUCUUCUUCUUGAUGCCUACAUUUGGGAUCGGAGGCAGGAAUGGAAAGCUGAUUUGCUUUCUGGGGAUACUGAGAUUGGGAAAUCUUUAGGAAGUCCAAGGAGAUCUUUGUUAUCCAGAGAGGGCCAUUUGAAUGAUAAUGAAUACAGUGUUGCUGAUACAAAUUUAGAGAUUUGUUUGGAGGGUCAUCCUGUGGAUGAUGCAGAGGAUCUUGACAAAGUCUACAACAAAUUCAAUGGAGGGAAAAAGUGGCCUAUAUCUGAAUCUACUGAUGGUUUGGAACCUGUUGAGAGGUUACCCUCACUUGCAUCGAUUUUUUCUGAUAAUAUCAAUUUGGCAUGGACUGGGUCUUGUGAUUUGCAGCAUGAUCUUCCACAAGCUUUCACCAAAAUUGAUGGCAAUGUAUCCUUUAAUUUGGACAGUCCAAACUACGACAAUAUAGUAACCCCUGUUAGAAUUCACUCGUUUAAUUCUACACUGGGGUUGCGGCAGAGAGAACGAACUGGAUUAGCUCCAGCUUCUUUGCAUCUACCAUCAUUCAAAUCUGCUGAGUACUUUGGGGGUAUGACAAGCAUCCUGAAGGACCCAAUGCCAAAUAUACGAAGGGCCUGUUCUCAAAGGUCUCCUGGGGUGAUAGAGAAAUUAAAUGUUGUUCUUGCACGCACACCCACAUAUAUCUCAUCUGCUUCAAAUAUGAUCGAUGAUGGGGCACGGUUACUAUUACCCCAAAUUGGAUAUGAAGAUGUUGUCGUGGCAGUAUAUGAUGAUGAGCCCACCAGUAUUAUAUCAUAUGCCAUGACAUCAGAAGAAUAUGUACAACAAGUAACACACAGACUGAAUUCCAGUUUGAGUUUUUCUCAUCUGCCAAAUACUACUGAGAUCAGCAGCCAUGGACUUGAGGCGUCCUCACCCUCUCAACAAGACCAUUUGCAUUCGAAAGGAACUCAUUUUAAGUUUUCCUUUGAUGAUGACUCACCGAUUUCUCCAGAUAAAACAAAGUUCUCUGUGAUCUGCUAUUUUUGA